AUGAGGCGUUUGCCAAGUCGCCGGUGGGGUCUGUCGACCAACAGGUGGCACCUGAGCCAGGCGCCGCCUCCCCCUUCGUACGUCCCGUUCAAGCCGGAGGACGCUGCCCACGUGGCCUGGGAGGACAUUGCCAAUCCCGAGGGAGGAGCUGAUUCUCGCGCGGCCUUCGUCGAGAGCCUGCGCAAGGUGGGCUUUGUCUUUCUUUCCCUCCCUGACUCUAUGAUGGGUCCAAUCAAUUCGUCGUACGAGGUGGCGCGACAGUUCUUUGCCGGUGAGGCCAAGAAACAUCACAGGAUGCGCGAACAGCGCGACGUCGGGUACGUCAACAUGCCGCACAUCAAAGAGUUCUACCAGAUGCGAUAUACCAAGAGUCCGACAGAAGUGUGGCCAAGUCAGCCGGAGAACUUCAAGGAGGUGGCGCUCGAGUACUAUGACCUCAUGCUGCGCAUCACCAAAGAAUGCUUCAAGAUGAUGGCGGAGGGAAUCAAGGUCGACGCGGAGCACUUCGUCAAUCUCUUGGACUUGGAGGAGCGCAAAGAGAAGGAGGUGGACACGUUCUACGGCAGCACUCUUUUCCGCUACUUCCGCUACAAGAACAAACCGUGCCUGCCCGAGGAUGAGCCCUGCAAGGUGCACACGGACAUUGGACUCCUCACCAUCAUCCCCGUGACGACGGUGCCCCAACUUCAAAUGCUUCACCCGGACAAUUUCGAGUGGAUCGAUGCCGAGCCGCUCUCCACAACGAAGAACGAGGUGAUUGUCUUCUGCGGUGAAAUGAUGGAACGGCUCACCAUGUACUACUACCGCGCCGUUAUGCAUCGGGUGAACCCACCACCGGUUGAGUUGAUGGGGCAGGAGCGAUACUCGUUAGUCUAUCUUUGCCGCGGUCGGCCAGACGCCGUAAUGGACACGGUCAAGCUCAACAGUCCUGUCCUUGAGCCGAUAACCAUCGCUGAGUUCAUGCGGCAGAGGUACACCAACAAGGAGUCGGCCAACGGGCUCAACACCAUGCAGGUCGGUGGCGUCGGCUUCCCCACUGAAAAUCUCAAGGCUUUUUGA